UUGAAAAAGAGAGAGUACAAACUUGACCCUCACGCGUGCACCCCUCACAAACGUUUCAUCUUUUAUUAUUGCCUAUACAUAAUUCUUUUUCUUUCCUCACUUUUCUUCAUUCCCACCACUUCUUUUUUCUCCUUUUGCUUCCAAUAUUUUUCAUUCAAUAUUCAACCAGACAUCACUCUCCAUUUCUUUAUUUUGAACUUAUUAUUUUAGUAACAAUUAUCCAAUGGUUCGUUUUACGCUAAUGCUUUUGAUUGCUUUGGUUAUUAUAUUAGUUUGUGUUGCACCAUGUUUUGAAGCAAGAAAACUAUUGAACAACAUGGAUAAGAAAAAGAGCAAUGACUUUUUACCUAUUCCAGAAGGCAAAUUGGUGCUAAAUGCCCAUGCCACAUUAGUAAAUUCGAAAAAAACAAAUGUUAGCGGUCAUGUUGAUCGCAAUUUGGAAUCGGUCCCUAGUCCUGCUAUUGGCCAUGUAAAUCGCGAUAUGGAGUCGGUCUCUAGUCCUGCAAUUGGUAAUGUUAAUCACAAUUUGAAGUCAGUCCCUAGUCCUGCCAUUGGCCAUGUUGAUCGCAAUUUGAAGCCAGUCCCUAGUCCUGCAAUUGGUAAUCUUAAUCACAAUUUGAAAUCAGUCCCUAGUCCUGCCAUUGGCCAUGUUGAUCACAAUUUGAGGUCAGUCCCUAGUCCAGCAAUUGGCCACGUAAAUCGCAACUUGGAAUCAAUCCCGAGUCCUGGAAUUGGCUAUGUCAAUCGCAAUUUGGAGUCUGUCCCUAGUCCUACAAUUGGCAAUGUACAUCGUAAUUUGGAGUUAGUCCCUAGUCCUGCAAUUGAUCAUGUAAAUCGCAAUUUAAUAUCAAUACCGAGUCCUGAAAUUGGCAAUAUUUAUUACAAUCUGAAAUCAGUCCCAAGUCUGGGAAUUGGCAAUAUUUAUCAUAAUCUGAAUUCAGUCCCAAGUCCGGGAAUUGGCAAUGUUUAUCACAAUCUGAAAUCAGUCCCAAGUUCGGGAAUUGGCAAUGUUUAUCACAAUCUGAAUUUAGUCCCAAGUUCGAAAAUUGGCAAUGUUUAUCACAAUCUGAAAUCAGUCCCAAGUUCGGGAGAUGGCAAUGUUUAUCACAAUUUGGAAUCAAUCUCUAGUUCUGAAAUUGAUCGUGUUAAUCGCAACUUGAAAUUAGUCCCAAAUUCUGAAAUUGGCCAUGUUGAUUGCAAUUUGGACACGGACAACUUCUGAUUAUGCAGUGGAAUGCAAUAUAUCUACAAUAUUAUGUGACAGUUUGUGUAGGGACAUAUAUGCUCAUACAUGUUCUUUUUAGGACUGUCGAAAAAAACUCCUAUUUUAUUUUUACAAUUAAUCUAAUGAUAAAAUUAUCAUUUUAUAUAUUUUUAA